UCAACACGCGCAUUUAGAGUGCAUGCGCGGGCAACGCUAACAGGUGCUAACGCAGGCGUCGAAGGAGCCUGCGCCUCACAUUGUAAAUACUGUGCAUGUGCAUUUCCAUGUGCAUACUAGACUCAUUUGGCCGUCUCGCCCGCCGUGCCCCCUAGUUGACGACGCUCGAACUCGGAUUAUCAGAUUACGCGUGAGGUAUGGGCCCUUACUUGGCCUCAUCUUAUAAGGCCCUUUCUCCUUGAAAGUCUAUUGGUAAAGACCAUUACGACGUGGUGAAGAAGUCGACUGUUCACAGCGCUAAGACUACGCGAGGACACUAGUGUCGAGACGCAAGAGCUUGCGAGCAGCUCCAAACAACACAGUCCACACAUUACGCCUGCUAACUCAAGACUCAGACAUGGCCGCCUUGCCAAUGGCCUCGUCGCUCAUUGCUCCACUCAAGGUUGGGGCCCAGCAGCUCGCGCACCGCAUUUCCAUGUCUGCUAUGACACGACUCCGCAUGUCGCCCGGCACGGAGCUGCCAAACGACCUCGUGGCGCAGUACUACGAGCAACGCGCAUCCAAGGGCGGACUGCUGGUGACCGAGUGCGCCUACGUGCGACCGGACGGCCGCGGUUACGUCAGGGCGCCCGGCUUGGCCACUGAAGCUCAGGCCACUGCUUGGAAGCCGGUGGUGCAGAAGGUUCACGGGAAGGGCGGCAUCCUGUACGCGCAGCUGUUCCACGCGGGUCGCGUGUCCCACAGCAGCCUGGUGGGCAGCAAGCCCACGGUGUGCGCCAGCCCGGUGGGCAUGGCGGGCAACCUGUACGUGGAGGGCGGCGUUAAGGCCGACUACGAGGUGCCGCGUGCGCUCAGCACGGAGGAGGUGGAGCAGGUGCCCAAGGACUUCGCGGCAGCGGCGCUGCGUGCCAUCCAGGCCGGCGGCUUCGACGGCAUUGAGAUCCACGGCGGCAACGGCUACCUGCUGCAGGCCUUCAUGGCCCAGAAGACGAACCAGCGCACCGACAAGUACGGCGGCUCGGUGGCCAACCGCUGCCGCCUGCUGCUGGAGACCGUUGACGCGGUGGCGGCGGCGGUGGGGCCGGAGCGCACAGCCGUCAAGAUCCAGCCGGGCAUCACGUUCUCCGACCUGAUUGAGCCGGAGGCCGACGUCAAGGAGACGCUUGAGUACCUGGGCCCGGAGCUUUCCAAGCGCAACCUGGCGUACGUGUGCCUGUCGACCCUCAACAGCGAGCCGUACUUCAGGUUCCUGGGCCUGUCGGAGCCGAACAUCAAGUUCGACCCCUUCCGCCUCUUCCGGAACACCUUCACCGGCACAGUCAUGGCCAACGGCGGUAUCAGCAUCGAGGCGGGCGAGGAGCUGGUCAAGAGCGGCACUGCGGACCUGGUGGCCUACGGGGUUCCGUUCAUCGCCAACGCCAACCUGCCCGCCCUGGUGGCGGCUGGCGUCAAGACCGCGGGCCUCAACCCCGGUGGCUUUGAUGCCAAGGUGUGGUACGCCAAGGACCCUGCCAAGGACGUGAUCGGCUUCACGGACUGGCCGCGGGUGGACCCCGCCACGAUCAAGGCCUAGGCCUGACGUGCGUGCGUUUCGUUGUGACGCCCAUCAGGGAAACUACUGCUUGCACAGUUCGGCAGAAUUGCUAGCGUUGGUAGCACACACGCACCCAAGCAUCAGGGCCCAAAGCACUGGGGGCGUUGAGCAUCGGGCGGGCAUUGUGACUUGUCUCGUAUUAUCGUGUCCAAUUUGCCCAACGCUGUUUAAAUUAUCGAGUUGGCGCAAAGACAAGGCUGUUCAUCAAAGGCUCUCGGGUAUUAGUGUGAUCCAUUGUGCAUUGCAAUCCACCAGAGCUGACCAGAGCUGCUCAUUAGAACGGCACUGCUUCAGGCCGGAUGCUGGCUUGGGCGCUCGGCACCACGUGUAGUUCUGGCGUGGUGGGAUAGCGUGGUGCCGCAGGCCCGACCAUGCGCUCAACCUUGUGAACUAAACACUUGCAGACUGCACAACGCAGCACGGGCUCGCCCUUGUAACAAACACGCCAACAAGCGGCCAUGCUUCACUCGUACAG